CUGCAGGUUUCUCUGCUGGGCAGUUUCUCUGCACUGGGGGCAGGAGAAGUUUGUAUUUAAUUCCCCCCAGCACUGGCUGAUGCAGGCCCGGAAGAAGUUGUGCCCGCAGUGGACAGACACCGGCUCUUGGAAAUACUCCAGGCAGAUGGAACAAGAAGCUUCCUCCCGGAGACUUUCGGCAGUGCAGGGCUCUCUGCAGGCAAUGGAUCCCGCCGGGAAAGGGGCAGCCAUGGCAGCCCCGGAUCCUGUGGAGUGUUUGCAAAAAGAAGUUUCUUGUUCCAUCUGUCUGGAUUAUUUUACUGACCCGGUGUCUAUCGAUUGUGGGCACAACUUCUGCCGUGACUGCAUCAGGCAGUGCUCGAAGAAAUCGGAGGCCAAACUCUCCUGCCCUCAGUGCAGAGGCACGGCCCUGAAGAGAAAAUUCAGGCCCAGCCGGGAGUUAGCAAAUGUGGCUGAAAUAGCCAAACGGCUGAGUUGCCAGGCUGCCCAAGGGGCAGGAAGGGAGAGGGUGUGUGAGACCCACCAGGAGGGUCUGAAACUGUUCUGUGAGGAGGAUCAAAGCCCCAUCUGUCUGAUCUGCAGAGAGUCCCGCGCUCACAGAUUUCACACUGUGGCUCCCAUAGAGGAAGCUAUCCAGGAUUACAAGGAACAAAUCCAGAUGCAAUUGCAGACUCUGAAAGAAGAAAGAAGAAAGCUCCUGGGGUUUAAAGUGACUGGAGAGAGGAGAAGCCAGGAAUAUCUGGAACAGACGAAAACCCAGAGGUGCAAGAUCGUGUCUGAAUUUGAGCAGCUGCGCCAUCUACUGGAGGAACAAGAGCGGCUCCUGCUGGCCCGGCUGGGAGAGCUGGAGAAGGAGAUUGUGAACUGGCAGAAUGGGAGUGUCGCCAAACUCUCGGAGGAGAUUUCCCAUCUCAGUGAGCUGAUCAGUGAGUUAGAGAAGAAGUAUCAGCAGCCAGUGAGUGAAUUCCUGCAGGACAUCAGAAGCACCUUGAACAGGUGCAAGGUGGGGGACUUCCAGCAGCCACUGGAGAUUUUUCCAGACGUGGAAAAGAGACUCAGCAAUUUCUCUCAAAAAAAUAUUGUUCUGAAGGAGACACUGAGGAAAUUCAAAGAUUCUCUGCCAUCUGAAUUGGAGGUGGAAUGGGCGAAUGUGACUCUGGAUCCGGACACGGCGAAUCCCCACCUCGUCCUGACCGAGGACCGGAAAAGCGUGCGGUGGGAGGACACGCCUCAGGAUCUGCCCGACAAUCCUGAGAGAUUUGAUACGUACUGCUGCGUGCUGGGCCGGGAGGGAUUCACCUCGGGGAGGAACGACUGGGAAGUGCUCCUGGGGCAGCAGGGAUUCUGGACUGUCGGGAUCGUCCAAGAAUCUGUGUGGAGAAAGGGAUGGAUCAGUCUGGACCCCGCCCAGGGGAUCUGGGCUGUGGGGCUCUGUGGGGGACAGUACCGGGCUUACCCCGACACCCUGCUUCCUCUGAGUAGGAGGCCUGGGAGGAUCCGAGUUUCUCUGGACUAUGAAAGGAGGCAGGUGGCUUUUUUUGAUGUUGAUAACGAGGCCCCGAUCUUCACUUUCCAUCCUGCCUCUUUCAAUGGGGAGAGAAUACUCCCUUUCUUCUGGGUCUGGGAAUCCCAGCUCACGCUGUAUCCCUGAGCUAUGGGCUAGUCUAUCCCAGUGUGGACCAUGGACCGGGCUCCUAUGGCCUCUGACAAGCCCAGCUCUAUGAUCUUGGAAACUGACGUGUAUUUCUGAGGUGUCAAAACCAGGAAGAGAGUGAAGCGGUCGGGCUAGAGAAGCAAUGGGCAUGGCCUAGCCUGUGUGUCUUCAUCCUCCGUUCUUGGGGAAGAUUGUAGGUGUCGGAAGGAUGAG